CAAUAAGCACGGCCAAGAGGCAGCAAACUCUCUUGAGAAGAUAAGCCUAUCCUGCUUCGCCAUUUGGUGCGAGAGGGACCUCCCAGGUGAGACUAAUUUGCUAACAUGGAACCCGAUAUCCACACCCACCCCUCUCCGGCUCUCCAUACCUCCUAUCUUUCUCACGGUGGCCUUGGGAGGCCGCUCGGCCUCGGCCUCGGCGCUUCGCUGCGACCCUGCUCGCCGCGGGCGAGGACGUGCGUCGUCCAUCCGUCGGGGCAGCAGUCGGUGAAAGAGAAGGCCGCGGCCGGGCUGACCGCCGCGGCCAUGGCGGCCGCUCUUGUGCUGCCGGAGGUCGCGGAGGCCGCUGGCCCCGGGCUUUCGCCGUCGCUCAAGAACUUCCAGCUCAGUAUCGGCUCCGGCGGGGUCGUGCUCCUCGGCAUCAUCGGCGCCGUCGUCGCCGUCUCCAACUUCGACCCCGUCAAGCGAGGCUGAUCUCUGCUGUUUGUGUACCACGCGCAUGCAAAACUCCUCCAUCUCUUCGAUUAUUAUUGCGAAAAUAACAACGGUUAUCACUGCAUGUAACUUUUGCCGUUCAGAUUUAUUUCACGGGUGUGUGCUCAAAUCGUUGUUAAC